AUGCAUUCGCUGAACAUUACCCCAGCACAGUUUGCGCAGCUCCUGCGAGAGAAUAACAUCACCCGGGAGGAGUUCAUCACCCUCUAUGGCCUCAAGCCCUUGGUCUACAUCCCAGAACUGCCCAGCCGGGCCAAGGUAGCCUUUGUCCUCACCUGUGCCCUGAUCUUCGCCCUAGCCCUCUUUGGCAAUGCUUUGGUCCUCUAUGUGGUGGCCCGGCGUAAAGCCAUGCGCACCGUCACCAACAUCUUCAUCUGCUCGCUGGCCCUCAGUGACCUCCUCAUCACCUUCUUCUGCGUCCCCUUCACCAUGUUGCAGAACAUCUCCAGCCACUGGAUGGGAGGUGCCUUUGCAUGCAAGAUGGUGCCGUUUGUCCAAUCCACUGCAGUAGUAACUGAGAUCCUUACAAUGACAUGCAUUGCUCUAGAAAGGCACAAUGGGAUUGUCUACCCACUAAAAAUGAAAUGGCAGUACACCAACAGAAGAGCAUAUACAAUGCUUGGCAUAGUCUGGUUUUUGGCAGCUAUUGUUGGAUCACCUAUGUGGCACGUACAGCGACUGGAGAAUAAAUAUGACUUCCUUUAUGAAAAGGAAUAUGUAUGCUGCUUGGAAGAAUGGGCCAGUCCAGUUCACCAGAAGAUAUAUGCCACUUUCAUUUUGAUCAUUCUCUUCCUCCUUCCAUUGAUGCUGAUGCUCUUUCUCUACAGUAAGAUUGGUUAUGAGCUCUGGAUUAAGAAGAGAGUUGGGGAUGCUUCCAUUCUGCAAGCCAUUCAUAGGAAUGAGAUGUCUAAAAUAUCACGGAAGAAGAAGCGAGCAAUCAUCAUGAUGGUAACUGUUGUGGUAUUGUUUGCCAUCUGCUGGGCUCCUUUUCAUAUAAUGCACAUGAUGAUAGAGUACAGUAGACUUGAAAGCAUGUACGAUGAUGUCACAAUUAAGAUGAUCUUUGGUAUCGUUCAGGUAAUAGGAUUUUCCAAUUCCAUUUGCAACCCCAUUGUGUAUGCUUUUAUGAAUGAGAACUUCAAGAAAAACUUCCUCUCUACAAUUUGCUUUUGCAUUAUAAAAGAAAUCCUGCCCCCAUCCAGACGUUGUGAAAAUGUGGGUAUUACAAUGACACAACACAAAGAAGGUGCCUUUAGGAAAGAGCCAGUUUUAGAGGGGAGCAGAAGAGAAGCAUUCAGUGAAGGAAACAUUGAAGUAAAAUUCUGUGAGCAGACCUUUGCCAAAAGGAACUCCAAGAGGCACCUUGGAUUCUUUACUUCUGAACUUUCUACUCAUGCUUCGCUGGGAAGCUAA